AUGAAUCCAGCAAAUGACACUGCUCUUUCAGUAACCCAGUUUACAAUUACAGGUUUUGACCAUCUAUCCAAUCAAAAGCUUCUUGGCUCUCUCAUCCUUAUUACUUAUAUUUUUGUGUUGCUUGGUAGUGCAACAAAUAUGAGCAUCAUAGUCACCAGCAGACACUUGCAUACACCAAUGUAUGUUCUCAUAUGCAACUUGGCUGUUGUUGACAUCAUGUUCACCACUAGUGCCAGCACAACAAUGAUUUCUGUUCUUCUUGCGGAGAUUAAAACUAUUUCAUAUAUAUCUUGCAUUUCAAGGAUGUAUGUUUACCACCUUGGUGACAUGACAGAAUGUCUUGCUUUGUCUUUAAUGGCUGUGGAUCGCAUGGUGGCUAUAUGUCUCCCAUUAAGGUACCACAGCAUUCUUACAGUCCCACGUGUUUUUGUGCUCAUUGCAUUUACAUGGCUUAUUGGCAUGAUUGCCAUGGCAGCCAUGACAGCAACUGCCGAUAAUCUUCCCUACUGUCAACCAAUUAUCAGAUAUGUCUUCUGUGACUACGCUGCAGUGGUCAGGGCUGCGUGCACAGACCCAGAACCAUCAUUUCUCAUAUCAACAAUUUUGGGUGCAUGGUUUUUAGCUGGACAGUUUCCAUUCAUCCUGUUGACCUAUGUAAAAAUUGUGCACACUGUUGUGAGGAUGCCAAAUAAAGAGAGCCAGGCACAGAUGUUCAAAACAUGCACUACUCACGUUUUAGUGGUCGCAUGGUAUUACACACCAAAAUUAAUUACCAUACUCCUAACCAGGAUAGGUGUUGUCCUCACUGUGACUGAGCGAAAUGCCAUGGUGAUUGUGGCUACGCUGAUUCCUUCAUUUUUGAAUCCAAUCAUUUAUUGUUUAAGGACCAGAGAAAUCAGAACACAAUUACUGAAAGUACUCUCAAAAUUACACGUUACACCAGUAAAAUAA